GGAAAUUUUGCUUUGAUUGUCGAAUAUUUUCAUUUCAUUUUUCUUUCUCUUUACUUUCUUCUUACUCGUUUUCUUUCUAAACUUCAGAACUAUAGUAAUUAAAGAUGGCUGCUUCAGCUGCCGGUACUUCUACCUCCACUGUUAUUUCAACGUUGGUGGCCAAUUUAAUUCUUUGUGGAUGUUUUGUUACUUGUUUUCUUAUUCUUAGAUUAAAAUUUAAACGUAUUUAUUCUCCAAAAUCAUCAUUUGAUUUGGUUGAUGAUGAAAAAAAACCAGAUCCUUUGCCAAAAGAUCCUUUUAGUUGGAUUUAUAUCUUAUUAACUAAACCCCAUUCUUUUAUUAUUAGACAAUGUGGUUUGGAUGGUUACUUUUUCCUUCGUUAUAUACUUGUUUUUGCCGUUUUUUUCAUGUUUGGUCUUCUUACUUGGAUUAUUCUUUUACCAAUUAAUGCUGCCAAUGGUAACGGGAAUACUGGUCUCGAUCAAUUAUCAAUUUCAAACGUUAAACAUCAACAACGUUAUUAUGCUCAUGUUUUCGUUGGUUGGGCCUUUUAUGGAUCUUUGAUUUACAUCAUUUAUCGUGAAUUGUUUUUCUUCAAUUCUUUUAGAACUGCAGUUUUAUCCAGUCCUCGUUAUGCUAAGCAAUUGGCUUCAAGAACAAUCUUAUUCCAAAGUGUUCCAGAUUCCUUUUUGGAUGAAAAACAAUUUUUCAAAUUAUUUAAUGGGGUUAAACGUAUCUAUGUUGCUCGUACUGCUCGUAAAUUAGAAGCUAAAGUUAAGCAAAGAGAAAAUUUGGCUUUACAAUUAGAAAAAGCUGAACACCAACUUUUAACUAAAGCUGUUCAAUUCAAAUUGAAAGCCGAAAAGAAAAAUAUCACCAUUGAAAACCCUGAUGAUAUCAACUCUUAUGUUCCUGAAGAUAAACGUCCUAGACAAAAAGAAGGUGGGUUUUUCUCCAAAAAAAUUGACUCUAUUAACUAUUUACGUGAAGAAAUUCCAAAAAUUGAUGCUGAAGUUAAGGAUUUACAAAAAAAAUACCGUAGAGAAAAACCAAAGAAUUCAAUUUUUGUUGAAUUUGAAAAUCAAUACGUUGCUCAAUUAGCUUUCCAAUCUACUGUUGCUCAUAAUCCAAUGAGAUUAGGUCCCGUUUAUACUGGGUUAGCUCCUGGUGAUAUUCAAUGGUCUAAUUUACGUCUUUUCUGGUGGGAACGUAUUACCAGAAGAUUUAUUGCUGCUUCUGCAGUUACUGCUUUAGUUAUCUUUUGGGCUAUUCCAGUUGCUUUUGUUGGGGUUAUUUCAAAUAUCACUUAUUUAACUAAUAAAUUACCUUGGUUGAAAUGGAUCUUAAAUAUGCCCCAUCAAUUAUUAGGUAUCAUUACUGGUUUAUUACCAACCAUUAUGUUAGCUCUUUUAAUGGCUCUUUUACCAAUUUUCAUUAGAGGUAUGGCCAAAGUUGCUGGUUGUGUUUCUGUUCAACAAAUUGAAUUAUAUACUCAAACUGCUUAUUUUGCCUUCCUUAUUAUUAAUGGGUUUUUAGUUACUACUAUUUCUUCAUCUGCAUCAUCAACUGUUACUCAAAUUAUUCAAGAACCUCAAAAUGCAAUGACUUUAUUAGCUUCUAAUUUACCAAAAGCUUCCAAUUUCUAUAUUUCUUAUCUUAUUUUACAAGGUUUAUCAGUGGCUGGUGGUUCUCUUUUCCAAGUUGUUGGAUUAUUCUUAUACUAUAUCAUGGGUACCCUUUUUGAUAAAACUUUACGUAAGAAAUGGGGUCGUUUCUCUGGUUUAGGUGUUAUGGCUUGGGGUACUUCAUUCCCAGUUUUCACUAAUUUGGUUUGUAUUACUUUAGCCUAUUCAAUCAUUUCUCCAAUGAUUUUAUUAUUUGCAACUGUUGCAUUCUACCUUAUUUACAUUGCUUAUUGUCAUAAUUUAACUUAUGUCUUUGUUGAAGGUUCUGAUUCUCGUGGUGCUCAUUAUCCUCGUGCAUUAUUUCAAACUUUUACUGGUAUCUAUUUAGGUCAAGUUUGUUUACUUGGUUUAUUUGCUGUUGGUAAAGGUUGGGGUCCAAUUGUAUUACAAGUCAUUGCUCUUUGUUUUACAAUCUUCUGUCAUCUUAACUUAAAUGAAGCAUUUGAUCAUUUAUUAAAAGUUGUUCCAAUUGAUGUUAUGAAACCAUUAGAUGGUGUUAGUGAAACUAGUUCAUUCUGGGGUCCAACUGAUUAUAAUGAAAAAAUUUUAGAAAGAAAACCUGAAUAUGAAAAAUUAACCGAUGAUUUAGAAAAAGACGAAAUUGCUCAAGAGAAAGUUAAAAAAGAUUUAUUAAGUCCAGAUAUUGAAUAUAAUUCAACUGAGACUACUAACACUUUGGUUCCUUUAUUAGCAGAUCGUGACUUUAAAAGUACCGAAAAUGAUAACCCAUUUGUGAGGUUCUUCAGACCAGAUGUUUACUUAAAUUAUAGACAUGUUAAACAAUGGUUACCUGCAAUCUAUAACACUGAAACCGAAAUCGUCGAUGAUAGACAUGCUUUUGAUGCUCCUAUUGUUUCUGAUCAAUUACUCAAGUUAUGGAUUCCUGCUGAUCCAAUGGGUUUCUCCAAAAAAGAAAUUGAAGCAAAUGCUAAAAUCAUUGAAACCACUGAUGAAAAUGGUUCUUUCAACAAAAAGGGUAAACCAAUAUAUACCGGUCCUCCACCAUUUUAAACUACGAUGUCUCUCAUCUAAUACCCUAACUUUUUAAUAUUCUUCACUUGUGUUUUAUAUAUUGUUUGAUACCAAUUCAUUUUUGU